AUGAAAUUAAGAAUAGAACAGAAUAAAUCUCUUUUAGGAAUAACUAAAAUUUUAUAAAUAUUUCUUUCCAUAUUAAUAGUUUUAAUUCCUAUUCUUACUAUUGUUUCAUUGAUUUUAGAAACAUAUGUUAAUAACAUAAGAGAAUAUUGUUUAGGUGCUUUAACUAUUUUAAGUACUGUUUCUUUUGCAUUUAUUUGCAUUAUUCUAUAUUCGAAACUUAAAGAUUAAUAUAGUGUUGGUGAUCAUUAUAGAGCUGUAAAUUUUAAUAUAUAUAAAUUUUAGAAUUUAAAAUUUUUAUCAAUAGCAGUAAUAAUUUGUACAUUACUUCGACCAUCAUUUAAUUUUUUAUUUUCUUAAGAAUUCUUUUGGAAAUUGAAACCUGGAUUACAAUGUCUUGUAAAUAAUGAUAGUAAUGCAUUUAUAACAAGAUUACCUGAUUAAGGUUUUACUUGGUAUAAUAUAUUAAUAUAUAAAUAGGGCAAUCUUUUAAUUAAUCUAUUCUUGUAUAACUGAUUUCAUUCCUAUUUAUAUAUUAUCUUUGUUAUUUUCUCCAAAUAUAACAAAAAGAAAGACUUUGGUAAAUGUAAGCGAUGGAUGGGAUACUGGUUUAGAAUGA